GCAACCAAGACUGUCCAUAGCGGCCCUCAAGUCGAGUGGGGAGCCCUUUACGGAAUGGGAAGCAGCGUUUAGUAGUUUUCAGCCUACUGUUAGUAUAACUACGGGAACUUAUUUAGAGUGUGCACAACAAGCAGCAAGUUCUUAUACUCAACCUUUUUCAAAAGCACGCUCAAAAUUCAUAUUUACCCCACUUUCAAAUAGCGCAGUGGAUGAAAUAAUAAGUUAUAUAACCCAAUUACAAAUUCAACAGGCACCUUAUUUGUUUUAUCUUGAAUUAGGAUCAGGCGGCGGGGCGUUGCUCGAUGGUAAUAGUGCUUAUUUUCCUAGAAUGGCAUUUGCUUGGUUAUUCUUAUUCUUAUAUUGGGAUCAUCAAGAUCAAAGUGCACCUGCAUUAGCUUCUAUAAAUUCAAUUUACAAUGCGUUAGAGCCAUUCACCUCACCUUAUUCGUAUGCGAAUUUAGUAGAUUACGAAUUAGGCAACACGUAUUUAAAUGCUUAUUAUGGAACCAAUGUACCGCAACUUGUACAAAUUAAAAAUAAAUAUGAUCCGCUCAAUAUUUUUAAAUGGCAACAAAGUAUCCCUUUAACGAUAUAG